AUGGCGUUGGGCAUUUCAUAUCUUUGGAUCGACUCACUGUGCAUUUUCCAGGACGACCUCAAGGAUUGGGAGUCGGAAGCAAAACUGAUGCGAGAUGUGUACCGCAAUGCUACCUUUUGUAUUGCCGCUACUGCAGCCAAGAACAGCACUCGCGGAUUGUUUCGCAAUCGAAACUGUCGUUCGCUCAAUCCUGUCGAAGUUGGAGUAACACGCCAUAUAGAUGCACGGAAUGGCCAGACUUUCGCACCUGGUAGAUACUGGUUCAUGGCUCACCCAGUCACGCCGGAUAUUGCCAUUGAUAGUGCCCCGUUGAACCAACGGGCCUGGGUGGCUCAGGAACGUUAUCUAUCGCGCAGGACAAUCCAUUUCACGCACAAUCUCCUAUUCUGGGAGUGUUGUGAAAAGUUCGCAAGCGAGACACACCCCGAUAAGCACUUUUCAUGUAACUGCGAAUCCAAAUCUGGCAACCCCAGGCCACUCAGGCGGCUUGUCAUUGACACCAUGUUUCAUCAGAGAGACCAGACUGAGGAUACCUGUCACAGCGGAAAAGAUAGGUUGACUGAUCUCCGGACAGUUGAUGACAUCUACAUCUCCUGGAAUCGGUAUCGAGCCUUCUACACACGAUGUCAACUAACGAAGCCGAGCGACACUCUGAUCGCCUUGCAAGGUAUCUCAUCCGAGGUCGGAGAAUUACUCAGUGAUGAGCUUGUAUUCGGUCUCUGGAUUGGACGCUUGAUAGGCCAAUUGCUCUGGUAUUGCGAAACCCCAAACCAUGGCCGUAAAUACAUUUCUCCAUCCCGGCGCACACCCAGCUGGAGUUGGGCAAACUGGACGUGUGCCAUCUCGUCGGGGCGCGAAUUAGACUCAUACACAUCUGAUCACAUCCAUGACAGUGUGCAAAUUACCAAGCUACCGAAGGGGACGAAGUCAUCAGAAAACAUGCUACACUCCAUCACAAUGCGAUGUCGGCUCAUGCCAUUCAAAAGCAGAUUCUCGAUGGAACAUGACUCUUUCAAAGUACCCCUUACUUUUGGCAAGAUCGUCUCCUGGAGCCAGCGGCGACCACAUAUCCGUCUUGACGACACAUCUCAAACACACUUCGAGCAGAACAUAGAGUGUCAGCUCCUCAUCCUGAGACAUGGAGAGUUCACCGAAGGCCGCCUGUUCGAAGGCCUUCUCGUUGUUUUGUGCGACGAAAGAACCAGGUCGUAUGAACGCAUUGGAUUUUGCUACAUUCAGGACAGGCCUCCCACAAGAUUAGCUUCCGACGUACUUGAUCACCACAACACAUUGGAGGACCAAGAGAUACAGCUCAUAUAA